AUGUAUCGAGGCAAGAAGAAGCAACGAGAAGUCAAAGAUCCCAUUCCAACUACACUUGAUGAAUUUGGCUAUGUUCUCAAGGAUAAUGGUGCUGUUCGUAGCAAAACCACAGAUCUCCUGGGUGAUGAAGUAGAAAGCAGAUUAAAACAAGCUCCUUAUCAUUUCCAAUCAGUGACUAUUCCUCUUGAAGCGGAUCCUGCAAAAAACGAUCCUCAUACCUUUUUUUAUAUGACACCAAAUGCUUUGACCACAACUGGUAAACUAUUACUUCUUAUACCUGGAACUGGGACAAGAAUCGGACAAUGGAGUCGACGUGUAUUAAGUGAAGAAUCGAUCCAGGCUGGAUCUAUGUUGAAUAUGGUGAAUAAGGCAAAAGAAUACGAUUAUGAAGUCAUCAUCUUCAAUCCAAAUACAAUUCUUUGGUACGAUAAUGCACCUCAGUAUCUGUCGCCAUUACAAAGUUCGAAAACAUGGUCAAGUAUUCCAGGAAAUGAAAGCCCUGAAAACCAUUGUCAAUAUGUAUUUCGCCAUUUUGUUAGUCAAACCCAAGCGGAAAAGAUAGGUAUAAUAGGGCUUGGAUGGGCUGGUCAUUGUUUUACAGAAUUGUUGAAUGAACAUUUUGAUAUAUUCAAAUCUAAGGUGGUUGGGGUAGCUUUGGCCAAUUCGAAUCAUUCAUCAAGACUUAUUCAUGGAGACGACAAACGUGCAUGGUUGGAUGAUCAUACUGUCAAUUGGAAUUUGAAUUCUAAUGAGAUUGCUGAAUCUGUUUUUGAUGCUGAAUUUGGAUGUAAAUGUAUUAAUUCAGAUGCUGAAUUACCUGACUACGUUUUAUGGCAAUGUACAGAUGACAUGAUGAAAUUUAUUUGUACCAAGAUGGGGGACAUGGAACAAGAAGCCGAAGAGAAUCAAGUGAUGAUAGUUUAG